GCGUGGGAAUCGGCAAUGGGCCUGCUCGUACUUUUCCCUUUAAACUACUUACCCCGUCAAGAGUGGAGAAGAUCCAUCCAACCAGACCAGACUCCAGACUCCGAGCAGUUCCAGUUCUACUGUUCGAUGUCCAUGGAGAAAAGUCCUUCAUCUGGGUUCCUAAGCCAAGAUCUAGGCCUUGACAUAGCCCAGACCUUCUUCAAGCCCAUCCAUCAAACGGAGCCCCCAUCUCCCACCAAGCGUCACAUAAAGAUCACCGUCAUCGGUACCGGAAACGUUGGCAUGGCCAUUGCUCAGACCAUCCUAACCCAGGAUCUUGCCGACGAACUCGCCCUCGUCGACGCCAAGCCCGACAAACUCCGUGGUGAGAUGCUCGAUCUCCAGCACGCCGCUGCCUUCUUGCCGCGUACCAAAAUUGUCGCCUCGGUAGACUACGACGUUACUGCUGGAUCGGACCUCUGCAUCGUGACGGCGGGAGCGCGUCAGAACCCCGGUGAGUCGAGGCUGAGUCUACUUCACCGGAACGUGGCACUCUUCCGGAAUAUAAUACAACCGCUAGCACAGCACUCGCCAGAUUCGAUAUUGAUGAUAGUUUCCAAUCCGGUGGAUAUUUUGACAUAUGUCGCCUGGAAGAUCUCUGGUUUUCCUUCUAACCGGGUGAUUGGAUCGGGGACGAAUCUUGACUCGUCGAGGUUCCGAUUUCUGAUAGCGGAUCAUCUGGACGUGAACGCUCAGGAUGUUCAGGCAUAUAUUGUUGGGGAGCAUGGUGAUAGCUCGGUGGCACUAUGGUCGAGCAUAAGUGUAGGAGGAGUGCCGGUACUGAGCUUUCUUGAGAAGCAACAGAUUGCAUACGAGAAGGAAACGCUAGAGAAGAUCCACAAGACAGUGAUAGAGAGUGCGUAUGAGGUGAUACGUCUCAAGGGUUACACUUCUUGGGCAAUUGGGUAUUCAGUUGCUAACCUUGCUCGAUCUGUAUUGAGGAACCAAAGAAGGAUCCACCCCGUCUCUGUUCUUGCCAAAGGCUUCUACGGGAUUGAUGGUGGGGAGGUGUUCUUGAGCUUACCAGCUCAGCUUGGAAGGGGUGGUGUCCUGGGCGUGACCAACGUGCACCUGACGGAGGAGGAGGAACAACAGCUCCGUGAUUCAGCAAAGACACUUUUGGAGGUCCAAAAUCAGCUUGGUUUGUAGUAAUAUAUACUAUUGUUUUUCUUCAAAUUUCCAGAGUCUACUACAGUCUGCUUUCCUACUUUCAAGUGGACGUCUUGUGCUUGUAAGAGAGAACUCCCAUUUCAUUUUCAUGAAGGAAAAUCAAGUAUCCAAGCAAGGUCGUUGGUUGAUU